AUUUAGUGAGCAGCUAAUUGAGCUCCCAAUUGGUUGCCAAGCGAUACGGUCUUUUGUAUACAAAAUCCCUACGACAAACAGAUGACCUGCCGAAAGCUCAUGCUGCAUUUCUUUCUCAAACACUGAAGCAGCUUACCAGUACAGCUCAUUCUUGGUCAAGUCAAACAUGGCGACAACCAACCUCCCAGCGAUUGGCCAUCCAUUGUCGCGUUUGAAUAGUCCGGAGAAAAUCGCAGUUAGAGACUUUUCUCGUGGAGAAGGUGCUAGCUCUCAAGUGCGCUGCGAACUUGAAAAAGUUUGUCGACUACGUCCCAUAACUGCUGAUGAAAUCCCAUGGCGUCUCACAAAAUCUUCUCGGGGCUCGCGAGCUAAUGAGAACGGCACCAACUUACCCGAACUACGAACUGCUUCCGAAAAAACAGCCAUGGUUAAAAACGCAAACGACCACUCUAAACCGGCCAUUCCAAUAUUUGGUAACCGCGCGGCGCUUGCAAGUCGAUCGGAAAGUCAGCAUUCCCAUAUUAGUACCGCUGCAUUGAAGGAAAAUUUGACAAUUGAUGAGAUCGAAUCUCAAAUCAGAGAAAAACUGACCUCGAGUUACCAUCAAAUAAAACAGACGUUCAGGCAAUAUGAUACCGAGGGUAGAGGAAUCGUGACGAGGGACAAUCUCGCGCGAAUCGUGAGCCGACUCAUCGGUAGAAAUCUCACUUUGAGUCAAUUCAAUCGUUUGAUGGUCAGGCUGGACUUAGACAUGAGAAAGUCGAUGUCAAUAGAUGAAUUCUAUGCAGCUUUCACCGCACAAGCGAAGAAAAAGAAAGCAAGUGAACUGCCCGAAUGGUUGGAACUGCAGUCGAGAACAGUUCAUAACAUGACAGCCUCUCAAGUACACGUACAAUUAAAGGAAAAAGCCAGGCAAAGAUUUCUGGACCUGGCGGAUCUCAUUCCACAAGUCAAUCCAGGUGGAAACGGAAGACUUUUGAAACUGGAGUUUCGAAACGCACUCAAUAAACAUGGUUUCCCAAUGGACGACGUCGAAUUCGAGAAACUGUGGCAAAAAUAUGACACCGAAAACAUCGGUGUUGUUAAAGGUGAACAGUUAUUGCUUAAGCUUGGUAUAAGUCUGAAAACGAACGUUGAAGAUGGAGAAAGGGCUUCCCGUGAAAGAUCGCCUAGAAAACUUGAAACGGAGCGUCAGCACUCGCUGGAUAUCGAGCGGUGGCUGAAAAGGAAGUUCCGAGAAGGUUGCUCGGAUAUGAAGCACGCUUUUCGGGAAUUGGAUUUGGAUAGAACUGGACGAGUCGGUUUAAAUGACUUUAUCAAGGUUCUCAAAGAAUUCGAGUUGAAUUUGAGCUCGGAAAAACAAGCCGAGGACUUCCUUGUAAGAUGUGGCGUGCAGUUCGAAGACUCGAAAGUGCCCUACAAAGAGUUUUUGCGGCGUUUUCAAGAUCGGAGCGAAACUGGUGUGGCACAUAAAAUACUGAUGAAUCCUCUCCACAGAUACCAUAAAACAGAUGUGGAAAGCAAAGAUUCGACUACGUCAGUUGUGGAAGCAAAGCUAAUUGAUUUGUUUCAAAGAGAAUUCUUAAGCCUUCUAGGAACACUACACAAAAUAGAUCGUAAAGGCGAAGGACUGGUCACUCAGGAGCAGUUUCGAGCUGCCAUAGAAAGUCGCUUUAGUUUGGGAAUGUCCGAUGACGACUGGAAAAAAUUUCUAAAUGCUGUUCCAUUAGAUGAAGAUGGCAUGGUUCAUUACGUACAGUUUAUGUCCAACUUCGAUGCGAAAGAGCAACUGUCGCUUUUCGACGAGAAUUCUGCAUCUCACGAUGGAAAGGAUAGCCACACAAGGGAAUCGUCGUCGAAAUCCCAUGCUCUUCAAGCAGCCACGACGCCCGAAACUCCAGUUACGAAUAAUAGAGGGAAAACGUUGGAGGAAAUGAAGAUAACGAUACGAAAAAUAUUGAACGAAGAUCUCCGUAAAGUUCAAGAGGUUUUCUACGAAAUUGACGAAUUUAAUACGAAACGCUUCACGCAGGAUAUGUUUGCGAAAUUGUUGAGACGAUUCGGAGUGGAGUUCGAGAAGAAAGAUAUACGGCAAUUAUGGGGCACGCUGCUGACCGAUCAGAAACGAAUGUUGGAAUUUUCACAGUUCAUACGUCAUUUCGGUGGCAGUUUAUCUGAUCAAGCUUAUCCCAAUGCUAAAAAUUCGCCUCCCAGAAAAGGCGACAGCGAUUUUAUGAUGCGAUCGAACAAAUUGAACAGCGACGUUGACAUGUUAUACGGUCAACUGCGAUCAAAUUUUGGCUUAAAUUGGGAGAAAUUGCAAGCUGAUCUGAAGUCAUUGGAUCCGGGAGGGACUGGUUACGUCAGCAAGGACGACUUGAAGGAAAUCAUUCAAAGGUUUUGCGUGCAAAUCAACGAUCACGAAGCAGAGAUGAUAGUUAGGAAGUUUGAGGUCGCCGAGGAAAGAGUCAACUACAACUCUCUUCUGGACCAGUUUUCGCGACGACGUCAUCGCCGUGACGACAACAUGCAGGGAAUAAUGACACAGCGAGACUAUCAGCUUCAAGAUACAAGAAAGGAAAAAAAACUGACUGUGAGACUUAAAGAAAAGUUGUCUGACGAGUGGAUGGCUUUAAGGCGGGCGUUCAAGAAGUUGGACAAACUCAAUGAAGGCUACCUGAAUAUUUCCGAGUUUCGGUCAGUCUUACUGCUGUGUAACGUUGUGGUAAGCGAAGACGAGGUUCUUGAUCUGCUUACCAUGCUGGACGAUAAAAUGCAGGGCAAGAUAAAUUAUCAAGAGUUUCUGAAGAUGAUUUCCCCGAUGAGACCGGGAACAAAUGUAACACAUGGUUGAAAGCCGUUAUCAAAUAAUAUGAGUACAUUAACAUAAGUUCAAACUUACUUUACUCGGUGAAUGAAAUCAGUUUUUCUUUUGA